AUGACUUCCGCAAACCUAGUCGAUGAUCACAUACAGCUGCAAAUAACUAGCUUUUCCGACCUCCAAACAGCGCUUAAAGACAUUGGUCAUGAAGCCUAUGGCUCACCGGCUGGAAGUCCGCAGCAACCAAUGCUCAGCUUCCCUGCGAACAACUCAACAGAAGAAGACCUAGUGUACUUGAACAGCACCGACUUCACUGUACCGUCUUCCAUCCGACUUAACGUCGAAAGCUCCCACAUGCUCGAGAGUUUGAUGCAACAGGCCGUAUCACAUUGGUGCUGCAUUGGAUUCAAAGUAGCACCGAUCAGCCUCGAUUUGAUCCGCGACUGGCACAGUGCACCUCCGGCGAUUGUGUACUGCGUAGCAUCAAUCAGCUUAGUCACAUUUAUAGAUCAUAAUGCGAGUCAAUCUUUCAUCAAGCAAGCGGCCAUGGUAUUUUACGAGCAAGCGCGACACAAGAUGGACGACGUGUUUGUUGAAGACAUGCAGCCCAUGAUAAUUCAAGCCUAUUUCUGCUUGAGCUACACAUCCAAUCUGCUACGGUUGUAUGAGCAGCAACGAACAUGGGGAGGACUGGCGUCCAUUGCUUUGCAACAGCAUACCAAAGACAUUGCCGCUGGCCGGCCUGUCGAUCGCAUGACCAUGAUGUGCUGGCUUCGCUGGUACUAUGUUGACGCAUGGAUGUGCCUUACCCUGAAUCGAGAAUGCCUGCUGGCAGACGAUACACCGCUACAACUGGCAGCACUCAGCAACAAUACCAACGACGACGACGACGCAUCAUUAUCGCUUCGGCCAGAAAAUUUCCAUGGUCUCUUUCAAUUUGCUGCUUUGACGCAGUACAUGCGUAUGUACAUUCGAGCGAUCCGAUCCGGCACCAUUUUUCAAGAAGGCACAACUUACCCUUCGUUACUCUAUCAAGAGAUAACCGUACAGUUAAAGCAGUGGUACGCCCAGCAGCAGCAUACCGAAAACCAUUUUCACUUGUGCUAUCACGCCAUGCGGCUCGUCAUUCUCUUCCAGUUCUUAAAUCCAGCGUCUUCUCCGCCACAAGACAUUUUGAUCGACUGUUUGGAAACCAACCUGGCCUUGUUGCAAGCAUUGCAGUAUCUCAAAGAAAUUGGCUGCGACCAGACAUUUUGCCGAAGAACAGCUGCGGAUCAACUUGAUGCUGUUGCGCGGUACUCAGGCUUAUAUCAACGACGUAUUCAAGGUGCGACUUUAUGCCGAAAAAAUCGAACAACAAUUCCGUGACCUCCAGAUUUCGAUUGAAGGCAGCACGAGUACCUGUAGUGGCAUAGUGUUUAAUAACAAUGGAUCGUUAUUAUCAUCACCUUCUUCUCAAGCUUCGUCGUCGUCUUCGGCAGGUAGGCCAUCCAACAGGCGGUCACUCUCUUUACCAGCUACAACGUCACUGCAGCCCAGCAAUUCGGGGUCCCCAUGCAUUUUUGUGUUUCGUCAAAAGCCGUUACCAACGCCAUCCACUACUCGAGUGCGCAAGUCAUCGCAUGACGAAAAGAUCAAAAAGGAUUCGCUUAAGCGUCAGUUUUCCUUUCCAUGUUCAUCGAAGAAGAAGAAGAAUUCUCCCCCCAAUACCUCAGUUCAAUAUUGCC